UUUCACUCGUUUGUUUCAUUGUGCGCUGCGUGGAGGGAGCAGAGGUCAGCACGCCAGCGGGAGUUAGACCUACAAGAAACUUUUAGAAAUAUUUUGAUGAUCAGGAGAGGUCCGUGCAGAUUACCGGGUGGCACAGGUCAGGAUGGGUUUCUUUCUUGGAUAAGAGCCGCCAGGGGACUCUCGCACCGGGAUCGCUCGGGCUCCCAGGAGCAGUAAAGUCGCAGCGCACCCGCCAGGAGCAGCUGUGUGCGCCUGGCUGCCUCCGCUCUCUGGCGGGCGGACUCGCGGUGUGUCCCGGGGUCUCCCGCUGAUAACAAAGCAAGGUGAUCGGACGAAUGAGCGACUGUUCGAGAGCCAGAUUCGUCCCGCAGACAACAUGAUCACGGGUUUUUUCCCCUUGAAAAAGCUGCGGCGGAAUGGCAAGUAUUUUCUGUUUGCGGCGGUUCUCCUGGUUGGAGCGUUGGCAGUUUACCAUGAGAUGGUUGCUGCAAGAGCGUGGAGCAGUGAAGUCGGGGUGAAUCCCGACAGCAGUAACUGGAAGAGAGCCAUGCUAAACCAGAAGGUGGGAAGAGAUGGUUGGCCAGAUUGGGUGGAGGACUCGACUGCUUGGAUGUCCAGCUUCACUCCACAAACAUGGAAACCUGAGUUUAAGGGAAGGGCCAAUCUGCAUGUGUUUGAAGACUGGUGCGGUACUUCUACUACAGACCUGCGCAAGAACCUGCACUACCCGUUGUAUCCCCAUGCUAGGAUUACAGUCCAGAAACUUGCCGUUUCUCCUCAGUGGACCAACUAUGGGCUCAGGAUAUUUGGUUAUUUACAUCCAUAUACUGAUGGAGACUAUGUGUUUGCAGUGAGCUCUGAUGACAACUCUGAGUUUUGGCUCAGCACAGACCACUCCCCACUCAACAUGCAGUUGUUGGCCUGGGUUGGAAAGACUGGAGCAGAAUGGACGGCCCCAGGGGAGUUCGAGAAAUAUGCCAGUCAGACCUCAAAACCAAUUAGGCUUUUGACACAAAAGAGAUACUUUUUUGAAGUUCUUCACAAGCAAAAUGACAGAGGAACUGACCAUGUGGAGGUGGCUUGGCAGCUGUUGGACCACAGCUUCAGAUUCACAGUUAUUGAAUCCAAGCACAUCUCUCUCUAUGUUGAUGAGUCUGACUUGAUGAUGAACGAUGUUGUCCAAAUACCACAGACAGCUGCAAGUCACCAGCACACCCCCACAAAGCAGCACAGCGCCGCAGCAGACAUGCUGAGGGAAGACCCGAGGGACACACUCUACCAAGUGCAUCUGAUUAACAGAAAGUUCCUACAAGGCGUUCUUCCUGACUGCACAUACAGCCCCUCCUACACUAUUAAAGACUUCCCUCUGAGUCGUUACCAAGGACUGCAGUUUGUCCAGAUGUCCUACAUCUAUCCAAACGACUACACCCGGCUCACACACAUGGAGAGAGAAAACACCUGCUUCUACCCUGAGAGCUCCUACUACAAGAAGAUGUAUGGUUUCUCUAGAUACAUGAGGUUUGACCGCCUAGGUACGCAUAAAAAAGGAAACGCAUACAGAGAUUUUGGUUUGCAGAAUAUGAAGUCGGUCCAGGAGGAGGAGGAGGAGGAGGAGGAUGGCUUUGGCAAUGACGCCAACAAGAAAAAGAAAGAAACGUGGGCAGACCCGAUGAAUAACAACGCUGACGCAGACUAUGGAGAUGAUUAUGAUGAUUAUGUGCAGAACCGUAAGCGCAAACUCUUCUCCUUUGUUGCACCAGAUGCUAACGAUACACUGGACAAACCCCCUAAUAAAAGACAACAUGUAAAGAAUUUUCAGAAUGGAAAAGAAAAGGAUGGCAUUCCACAACCUCUAAAAGAGCCAGGAAAAGAAGCUAAGGAGGUCUUAAAACAAGAUUCACAUCAAAACAGGACGGGGGUAAAACAAGACGGCUCAAUUGAAAAAGUAGAACCAAAGAUUAGACCAGCAAAUGAAGUCAUAGCCACUGUCAAACCAAAGCAUACUAAUUCAUCAAUGCUUGUUGGUGAAGGGGACAUUAUAGCAAAGCCACAACCAGCCGUUCUGCCACAGAAACACACCUCCAAACAGCAUCCAAUCCUGAGAUCUCAGAAAACAAACCAUACUCUGGUCCAGACACUUAAAGGUUCUCUGCUUCAAAACCAGGACAGGCAUGCCACUGUGCCUCAAAAAAACACAGUAGCCAAUAAGCGAAAACCUCCAGAGAGAGAAAAGGUCCUUAAUCCAGGCGUCAACAGCCGUUUUACCACUCCUAGCAGAGGUGGCAGCCGCUUUAUCGUAAAAUCAAAUGAAGUGGAAACUGAUCCCAGAAAAGCUCUCAGGGAAAAGGAGAUAGGGCUGAAUAAGCCUCUACAACAAGACCUGGAUAAUCACAUCAAUAGAGAUAAAAUGAAUGCUCAAGAAAAAAAGAAAAAGUCAUAUUUGAGGGAAAAGGGGGAUCCUGCAAGGGAAGAAGACAGUAGUCAGAACAGGACUGAGAGCAGAACAAAUGCAAAACCGAGAGAUUCAGACUCCAUGUGGGGCCAACAACGAGAUUUGCCUAUUAAUCCUGAGGAGGAGAAUAUCACUUCAGCACCGGUUUUCGAUACUCAGGUCAACUGGAACCAAACCUUCCAGGUGAACGAGCUAGACCUCCAGUCGCAGCGUUCCGACUGGAUUGACCUACAGUGCAAUGUCUCCGGAAACAUGCUACUGAACCCCAGCGAUGCUCUGAAUGUGGUUUACGCCUUCAUGGAUCAUCUUAAUGAGAAACACAAUAGACGAUUCACGCUGGUUCGUGUGAUCAACAUUGUGAAACGUGUCGACGGGUACAGGGGCAGCCGUUACCUCCUGGAGCUGGAGCUGAAGGAUGCCAAUGGAAAGCUACUGCGUCUGACGCACUACAUCUAUGUUCUGAUGCGCCACAAAGCGCAGCGCAACCGAGAUUUUAUCUUCCAGCGCUCGCAACCUGAGCUGGUUCUGUGCAACCCAGUGGGAUUCCGCUGGAAUCCCGACGCCACGGUUCAUUUCAUAGUGCCUGUUAAAAACCAGGCUCGGUGGGUGCAGCAGCUGAUUACAGAUAUGGAGGAAGUGUUCAGAGAAACCGGGGAUUCAAACUUCAACCUGAUCAUCACGGACUACGGCAGCACAGACAUGGAUGUGGAGCAGGCACUGCAGAAAUCCUCGCUCCCCAGGUACCAAUAUGUGAAGCUGAAUGGGAACUUUGAACGCUCAGCUGGUCUGCAAGCAGGAGUUGAUCUAAUAGAUGAUGACCACAGCAUUGUGUUUCUUUGUGAUCUCCAUAUCCACUUCCCUUCUUCAAUCACUGAUACAAUCAGGAAACAUUGUGUGGAGGGAUACAUGGCGUUUGCUCCCAUAGUCCUCAGACUGGACUGUGGCAGUACACCAUCAGAAGCCAGAGGUUACUGGGAAGUGAACGGCUUUGGUUUGUUGGGAAUCUAUAAAUCUGACCUGGAUGCUAUUGGAGGAAUGAACACCAGGGAGUUCAAAGAACGAUGGGGAGGAGAAGACUGGGAGCUCCUUGACAGAAUCCUCCAAGGUGGGAUAGAAGUGGAAAGGAUCUAUUUGAGGAACUUUUACCACUACUAUCACUCCAAACGAGGCAUGUGGAACCGGAAGAUGUCAACAAGCCAAACAUAACCCACCAAACUGCAACCCUGCCUUGACAUUGCCACGCAUACAGCCGUGGCAACCAAAGCACUUUAGGACUGGACCACGCCUCCUGCUGUGUCUGUGUUAAACCUGCUGACCACCGGAGAAAGGGACAUUAGAUCAGUUGCUAACUUCAUUCCCUCAGGCUGUGUGAUGAAUGUGGUGGCAGUGGAGCUUAUUGUUACUGAGAUGUUACUGCACAGAGUUUAUUCACUGGAUUUGCUGCUGACUACGACGACUGUAGUGGAUGAUGAAUGGCACCGACUGUCAGUUCCUGCCGUUCACCAUGCUGGAGAAGCCAUCAGCAUCACAGGAGGGAAGAAAGAAGUAACUCAGUCCAAAGAUGAAACUGAACCUAUAUACACACUCCAAGAAUGUAUGCAAAAACACACAAGUGUUCUUUUUUGGAAUGAUCAGCAUGGCACAUAAGUCUGAACUGGGGAAUAAGAUGGGAAAAUUCAUGUUUAGUUUGUGUAUAUCUUCAAUCAACCUUUAUUUUGUAAAUGACAGAUGCCAUAUUUAUUAAAUCAGUUUCUAGUUUAAUUUUCAUUGGCACCUGUUUUUGCAUUAAGUUUUUGUUCCAGACUCAGCCGUAUACCUCAGUUUGAAUUGAAAAUUGAACUUAUAAUUGUUUGCAAGUCACUUCGUAUUUAAACCCCAAUAUUUUUGUUUUAUUAUUUCAUUCUUGAAAUGUGGAAGUCACAUUGUUUUGUUUUAUGCAAUGCAAAGAUAACUGUCAUCUAUAAGUAGAGGCUAUUGAUGGGAUCAUUGGCUGUAAAAGCAUUUCAGAUUACUUUAUGGACACUGCUUCUCACCAAAGAUAACUUCUGAGAGAUUACAAUAUUUAGUUCUAAACAUUAAAUAAAAAGUAGCAUUUGAUUUUCAUCAUGACAGUUAGGACAGUCUAUUAAAAAGCACACGAAAAAAACAGCAGAUUUAAGGUUAUAAUGUUGGUGACAGAUGAAGUUAUUUUUCAUUAAUCAUUCUGUUGUGCAAUUAAAACUUGCCGUCCCAUCCAUCCGGUUCCACACUUAAAGCCUGAUCAGUGUAGAAUUAGCUGUCUGAGCUGUCUCACUUUUUGUGAACUUUUGUAUUUGUGCUUUGAAUAUUGUCCAAUAAAAUAUUAAAGAUUCUUUAGUUUGAUUCAGGAAAAGCAUGUAAUUUUUGGUAUAGAAAUAUAUGUGGGAAACUUUGUAUUUUUGUUCCAUUCACAUCAGUCACUGGAAUCUGAUGGGCAUGAAACUGUUAAGCUCGUCUUUUGGCCAGUAAAGGUGACUUUUAUUGGCUGAGGCCAGAGAUUUUAUUUUAUUAUACAGAAGGUACUGUCAGCUUUUGUUUUUGAAGUUAUCUCAACCUUAAAGGUUGACAUUUUCCUUCUCGUUGCUAAUCAUGGCUAACUGUUUUAAAAAUUCAUGGUUUAGAUGUAGUUAAUUUUUCUGUAUGCUGGAAAUGCAUCUCUGCCUUAUGGUAAUUUUCUUCUUCUACUGUCUCUUCUCUCAGGGACGUGUCACACUGCCUUGACAAACUCAAGGAAAAUUUUACAAAAUAAAGAAUUAAGUUUCAGGUA